AUGCAAGGUACAAUACACAUUCAGCAUCUCCCAAAGUUUCAACCCCUGCUGAAUGAAGGUUCCAUCUAUGUUAUCAUUGGAUUUGAGGUCACAAAGAGCAAUCCACGAUUCAAGCUCACUGAUUUCAAAAAUUCCAUUCGCUUCAACCAAACUACUACUAUGGUUCUCAUCGACGACUCCUUCACUCAAAUUCCAAAAGAUUUAUUCAGGUUCCGUACUCACGACCAGCUUCUCAGCUUAGCCAACACCAACAAGGACCUCCCAGAUGUGAUUGGUGCAGUAUGUUCAAGUAAAGCGUACCGCAAUGAAUCCACACUAAAAAUAGAACGACUCUUAGUCUAUAUGUGCCUCCAAAGCGAAAAGGUCCUUCUUAGUGCCUUUGAUGAUCACGCUGCAAUACUCAACAGCAGCCUGGAGAAGAAAGCAACGGGGACAUGCAUCAUGCUUGCUACCAAUAUCAACCCAAAUUUUUUUUGGAGACACUCAAUUGUAGGUGAAAUGUACCUGAAUGCCACAUCUGCCACACAUUUUUACUUUGACGCUGGGAUUCAAGCAACUCACAACUUUGCUGAGAGAGACACAAAAAACAACUCUGACGUGAAAUACAGUGGUGUCCAAAAAAUAGAGCAGUCAUCCAUUGCAGAACUGAACCACUACCAUACUACUUCAAUCACCCAGGACGCUGAAUUCUUCUGCACCACCAAAGUUGUGGGCAGCUAA